UGCCAGCAGUGGUGGAACGAAGAAAACAGGGUUUUAAAGUCUGAGCGACCCGGUGACAAACCACUCGGAGUAUAACGGCCCGAUCCGGAUAUACCGUCGGUGGCGUGGAGCAACUCGCAGUGGAAAUCAUGAAGGUGCUGCUGCUCUGCCUCUUCCUGUUCCUAAGGGAAGCCAGCUGCGGAGUGAUUGAGGCACCAGCUUACAGCUCGGCCCUUGUCCCAGAGACUGGAACGUCUUCACAGUACCGGUCUCAAGAUGUUCAUGGAAACUACCAAUUUGGCUACGAAGAGAAGCACACGUCGGGCGGUUCCUUCCGCGAAGAAACCGGAGACGCGUACGGCAACAAAUACGGCUCGUACGGCCUCACUGACGCCGACGGUCGCGUGCGGAUCGUCAAGUACGUGGCGGACGCUAACGGCUUUCGCGUCAUUGUGAACACGAAUGAACCGGGAACUGCGCCCUCGACUCCCGCCGCAGCCUCCAUCAACGUACCGCAGGAGCCCGUCGUCCCCGCGCCCGUCGCUACCGCUGCAGCAGCUCCCGUUGCCACCGUGGUUGCGGCACCGGCUCCAGUCGUAAACACCAUCGUCCCCGCCGCUUCAGCGGUGUCUGCUGCAGAAGCUAACGUAGCCACCGUGGUUGCGGCACCGGCUCCAGUCGUAAAGACCAUCGUCCCCGCCGCUUCAGCGGUGUCUGCUGCAGAAGCUAACGUAGCCACCGUGGUUGCGGCACCGGCUCCAGUCGUCAAGACCAUCGUCCCCGCCACUCCAGUGGUGACUGCUGCGGCAGCACCGGCAGUGGUCGCGGCGCCCCCUCCAGCAGUGGUCGCGGGUCCUGCUCCAGCUAUUGUCGCACCCCCCGCUCCCGCUACCGUGGUAACGGCUCCAGCGACGGUCACGACAAUCAGAAGGUUUGUGCCGACCUCGAUCUUCCCAGGGCCGGCUCACGCUCCGGUAUUGCAGCCCGCCCCUGCUGUACCAGCUGUUCCCGUGUUCGGAUACCGCCGUGCCGUAGCAACAGCUCCAGUUGUGGCCUCUACAGCAGCGGCAGUGUCGUACUCGAGCGGAUUCGUGCCAUCACUGCCGUACGCCGGCUCGGUACCACCGCCGCCUGUUCGUAAAGUGAUCGUUCGCAAGGUCAUUCCAGCUGGCUACGGAGGCGGAUACGGGCUGCUGCGAGGCGCGGCUACGUCGUAUGGUGCUCCGGCUGUGGUGCCGGCUCCGGCCAUCUUCGGGGCAAGGCUGACGACGGGUGCUCCUUGGCACACGUAUGGCGGACAGGGCGUGGUGACAAACUUCGCGGGCAAGCCUCUCGAUUACUACGAUCAUCUGGCCAACAAGCUUGGAGCGACGUACCUGCGACGACGCCGAUGAUCGAAUUGUGUGACGCUUACGGAUAUAUAUAAAUAUUUUUUGUCUGAUUUCUUGUUGCUACCACCUGACUCGACUGUGUCCAAUAGUCAUGUCCAACUGCCCAUGUCCACUUCAUUUGCGUCCCUUUUCACAUCCUGUGCAAUAUAGUUUCUCCUGUUCUAAACGUUCAAAGUUUAGUUCAGGAUGCUUGCUCUUCUGACUGUCGUUUAUAUAUUUGUGAGCACUUCUUUCACAUUUUCCAGCCAAUUUUAGCGCUCAUCUUCUCAAGAAGACACAUCUCUGUGUCACUUUACAUGCUUUAUGAGUGUAGCAAAUAAAUGCGCUAUAUAUAUCGGC